AUGGACUCGGCGAUUCGCAUUCUACCCCUCGCGAUGUGCUUCGCGCGCGUCAUUGGCGACGCGAGGACAUCCACCAGGCUGAAUAGUCCGUUCCUCAGCCAGGGCUCGAAGCCUCAGCUCAUCGCAUUCAACACUAAGGGCGGGGACAUUGACAUCAGUUGGGACGUGUCGGUACCCUUCUUCUCGAUACCAUUGAAGCACGUGGGCGAGAACGGCGAGGUAUCGCCACUGCUGACGGUCAAUACGAGGGGGUUGUCGGUCGCUGGAGUACUGACGGCGAUCCUUACGUUGGCGGUGCCCCUCUUAUCGAAGCCCGAGCCAGGGAUGCAUUACCGAAGUUCCGACUCGCAGUGGUCCCGCAUGGGUGACACGAUAAACGAGGUUGUUCUCGGCAACAGUUUCAUCGCGCCUUGCAUACAACGCAUCGUUUGUUCCGUCGUCUCCGAGGCCAGCCACUCCGACAAUCCGACGAGCACCGAUAAAAUCAUCGACGGUCUGUCAAGCCACAAGUGGUUCAAGGAAUUCACGAACGGCACGGUCAUUCAGGAAGCUGUGAGAAUAGGGCGAGAGGGUCACCACGACUGCGGCCGCAUGUACAGGGAGUGCUUCGUGACGCCGAGGAUCCUCAAAAGCAUGAUGGUGCAAUUCGGCGCGAUCUAA